CAAGAUUCUUAUCAUAUUCCUUCUUAUCAUUUUUCCAACAAACAAAACCAUCUUUCUGGAAAAGCACACUGGUACUUCCUUCUUUGCGUGGUAUUUAAGGCAUCGUGGCAAGAGCUGACGGAAACAAACAGAAAUAAUCCAAAGAUGAAGACCUUGAUGGUUGCGUUGGGUUUAUCCCUCUUCACCUUGUGUGUUGCUGAGGUCCUGCAUCUGGAUCAACAGGAAGAAGACACCAACAGCCUCCAGAGUCCCAGGAUCGACUCUGCUUGUCACUGCGAGAGCCAGAAUUUGAAUGACUAUAUUCUUAGUGCCUUGAAAGAACUGGAGGACAAGCAGAGAUUCACUGAGAUAGAGAUAGAGGAUCUGAGGAGGCAGAUCCGAGGUAACCAGGUGGCAUUUGGAGUAGCCAUGGGCAAUGUUGGAAAUAUUGGACCUUACAACCAUGAGAUCACACUGACCUACAAGACCGUCCUCUCAAACACAGGCUCAUACAAUCCUGCUACAGGUAUUUUCACUGCUCCAGUCAAAGGAAUGUAUUACUUCAGCUUCUCUGGUCAUAAUUCAUCACCUAAGCCAAUGGGGCUGCGACUCAUGAAGAAUGGAGUGCAGAUCGUUACCGUGUUCAAUCAUCCAUCUGCAAAACGCUUUGACACGGGAACUAACGGCAUGACUAUACCUCUUAAUGUGGGAGACCAGGUGUACAUGAGGCUCCGGAAGGACACGUGGCUUUUUGAUAAUCUUAAUAACCACAGCACCUUCAUUGGACAUCUGUUAUUCCCUUUCUGAGAAAAAUAAACUCCAGAGAGAGAAGAGAGAGUCAGUGAGGUGCAGUACAUUGUUACUUCAAUUGGGGUGUUGCUUAAUGAAUUAAAGUGUUAAUGAAAACACUGUAUGAUAAUAAAUCAAAUUAAACGGGAUCCUGAUCAAAACUUUGCAACCUGAAAGUUUAUAUUCAUUGAUAUUAUAUUUGUCUUUGUGUUGUGUUUCUUUUUAACCAAUAAACACUCUGUGACUCCA